AACCCAUGAAAUGAAAACCCUACCUUAAUCACCUUCCAGUCUAAAGACAACGUUAUUUCCAACAUGUUCCUCUUAUUUGUAUCAGCUCUCUUGGGAUCGGCUGUUCACGCACGAUAUUAUGAUCGGAUCAUUGGGGGCACAGAAUGUCGCCCUAAUUCCCAACCGUGGCAAUGUUCCCUUUACUACUUUGACCAGCACGUAUGCGGCGGAGUCUUAAUAGACAAGAACUGGGUUCUGACUGCUGCCCACUGCCAGUUAUCGAGUCUUCAAAUUCGUCUGGGGGAGCAUAAUCUGGCUGUUUAUGAAGGAAAAGAACAGUUUUCCUAUGCUGAAAAAAUGUGCCCUCAUGGUGGCUUUAAUCCUACAACAUAUGACAAUGACAUCAUGAUGCUGAGACUGGCCUCACCGGUCACAAUUAAUGAUUACGUCCAGACAAUUCCCUUGGGCUGCCCAGUUGUGGGAGAUGGAGCCAAUUGCCUGGUCUCCGGUUGGGGAACUACUACAAGCCCUGAAGAAAACUUUCCCGAUGACUUACAAUGUCUGGAAGUACAGACCGUUUCCCAGGCUUCUUGCCAAGAGUCUUACCCUACAGAUCAGAUCAAUGACAAUAUGUUGUGCGCUGGAGUUAUGGAAGGAGGAAAGGAUUCAUGUCAGGGGGACUCUGGAGGACCAUUAGUAUGCAAUUCUAUGGUUCACGGCAUAACAUCUUGGGGAAAUAACCCAUGUGGGCUUGCCAACAAACCGGGAAUAUAUACAAAAAUCUGCAACUACAUAGACUGGAUCCAAGAAACAAUAGCCACUGGAGGUUGCAUCUGAUACGUGUCCCAACCUACACUCUGUCCUGUUCUUAUAUGGCUGAUUAAAACUGCGAUUUAUGCUC